UCAACCUAGUUAAUAGCCAGAAACAAUGCCUAUUCUGUGAAAAUCAAGACAAGAAUUUGUCCUAUAUACCAAAUUGUAUUUUGAUUAUAAUAAUUGCUACGAAACUUGUAAUACAAAGCUUCCCUUAAACAUACAAUCUUUCAGCAUAUUUUGAAGCAUUCUGUUUCGAGUAUCGAAUUUCUGAAAUCACGAUUAUGAAGUCUUUUGAUACCUCUCCGGGGAGAUCCAUUUCUUUUCCACAUCUUGAUGACAAUUUACCACAAAAUCAAGUUUCUGUUGAUAGCUAUUCUUUCAACAACAAAGGUAAAGAGAAUGACAUGAAGAACACAGGAAAAAACAGCAGUUUUACAUAUAGGAUUCAUGACCAUGUGAAAAUGGGUCCUAAUCUGUCUGAGAUUCUGAAGGGAAAGUUGAGUUUGGGGGCAAGGAUUAUACAAGAAGGAGGAAGAGGGAAUAUUUUCAAGAAUGUUUUCGGGAUGCAAGAGAAAGAGCAAUUGUUGAAGGCCUCUCAGUGUUAUGUAUAUACCACAGCUGGUCCUAUUGCAGGAGUUCUCUUCAUCUCAACCGAAAAGGUUGCAUUUUGCAGUGAAAGGCCAAUAACCUUCAGUUCUGUGACAGGAGAGUUAGCCAGGGCACCAUACAAGGUUUUGAUUCCAAUAGGUAGAAUAAAAGAGGUCAAUGAAAGCCAGAAUGUGAAUAAUGUAGAACAGAAGUACAUAGAGAUAGUGACAGAGGAUGAUUCUGAAUUUUGGUUUGUGGGAUUCUUGCGGUACGAGAAAGCUCUUAAGAAUCUCAACAAAGCCAUUUCCAUGUCCAUUUAUAACCGAAAGCAGUAAAUGUCAAAACUUUCUAUAUUUUUGUGAAGUACUUAGUUUUAUUUUUCUGUUGGGUAGUUAAGAUUCAUAAUGUGAAUGAGAUUUCUAGCAAUGCGGUGUUCAAGUUUAUGCGUGUUGCCUGUUAUCUUUUGGGGAUGAUUAACAGCUGAUGAUGACUAAUUUGUAUAGGUUAAGGUAUAAAACAAGUAUUAAUCUUUACAUAGGUUUAAGGUAGGUCUCAAAGCACUGAGGUCAAACUUUCACAUUCAUAAUGUAUGUCCCAAUCCUAAAUCAAUUGAGCU